AUCUUAAAUAAAUCAUGAUGUUUUAUUUAGGAUAUCGUCUUGUAUGAAAUUCAAUUACAGAACAACUAUUAAGCAUGCUGAAUGUUGUAGUGGAAGAACCUUCUUUAUUUGUUAGUUUGAUAACGCAACAUAAAAACUUGCAGUCCACAAACUAAUUAACUUAAAUGUAUAUCUGUUAUUUACUUAUCUUGAGUCUGUCGAGGGAAAGUGAAUAUGACUUUUUCCUAUUAAUAAGUUUUCCUUUAUUCCAUUUAUUUCAAUAUUUUGACCACAUGAUGGACAAGCUUUCCUAUUGGUACAUCAGUAAUCAAAGGAAAUGUAUAAUGACUUUCAAACUAGCUUGAAAUCACCGUCUGAUUAAGUUAAAAAUCAUGAUAGUAUGCAGCGCUAGAUGACACUAUCAUUUUAAGAUCGUCCUUAAAAUGAUUCACUCUAGCACAAUCUGCUCCCUAGUGGUCAGUCAGGGGAAUUGAUCAGACUACCAACACAGUUAGCCGUAACAUCCACUCUGUUAUUUGUUUUGACACACACUCUCUCUCUCUCACUUCUGGAAGUCAUUUAGGCAGGCGGGCGAAUUUAACAAAAAAUAGAAGAAGGAUAUUUUCAGACCUUUUGAAACCAAACAUAAAGAAAAGGUCAAAUAAAAAUCACUCUGAAUAUCACAAUGAAAAGUAUCAUGCACAUGAUGAAUAAACAUGCUGAAUGAAGCUCACAACAACGUGUCUAUGAGGACGUCACAGAGCACAACAUUUCCUGCUUAUAAAGCAGGAUGCUUGGGAGAAGCUCAGUGUUCAUGUUGGGUUUGUUGGGGGAGAAAGGCGGUCCAGCACAGGAAGCUUAUCUGGGUCAACUACGCACCAUGGGCAGCUGGUUUGUGUAUCUUUUCUGUGCAUUGAUGUGUGCCACAGGACUCUUCUACAGCUACGGUCACGUCCAGACAGAGGAAUACAGACCAAAACAUUUACCUUAUUUCUCCACAACAGAGGACGGCAAUGAGAAGCAACUGAUUAAUGAUUUACAUGAAGUUUUGGAGAGACUUCAGAACAAUCAAAUUCCAGCUCUAAGAAAAAAACAUGGCUUUUUGCCUAUGUGUGAUCCAGGGGACCAAUGUGCACUAAGAAAAGGCUCCAGGAUCGGAAAACUAUGUGACUGCUCCUUGCCGAGAACAUGCAACUCCUUUCUACACCGCUGUUUGUGAUUCUGUACGUUUCUGUGUUUCUGUAAUAUGUCUAACAAAAAUAAUUGCAUAAACUUGUUAUCUAUUU